AUGGAUCACCUCGACUUCAUGCCGUGGGACGACGCCAACAUUGACGCGGAAGCCAUGAUUGCACAGGAUAUGGAUCUGUUUGGCCCAAAUGAUGCAUCCGACAAUGGCGACAAGAAUCGUUGGAGCGCCGUGCUUCCUUCCAGUGGCUCAAUGAGUGAACGAACUUCACCCCAAGGCGCUGCUGCCCACCAUGGAUUCCGUGUGCCCAAGGAGCCAGCGUCGCUGCGACGGCAAACGGCGCUCGACAUCUGCCAUCAAGAGUACCUCCAGCUGCCCACCGUUCUCCAAGAGUGCGGGCUGCUGGACGACAACACGAACGACUUGGAGUCGUAUGAUGCGCCUAGGCUAGCGAAGGCCACCGAGGAGCUCAUCUUGCAAGUGGUGGUGUCUCGGAAGGACCCCGAAGACUUUCGAGUGAUUGGGCGACUGGCAUGGAUGUUACUGAAUGAACUGAAUGGAUCUCUGAGCAUCGAGCGGCGUAACCACUGCGUACAUUCGAUCGUUGGUACUUGUAACGACACGUCGAGGCACACCGCUCGGAUGUUAAUGGAAGACGCCAAGUCGGACGGUGUCGCCACUUUCAAAAGUCCAUGUUGCCCAUGCUUCAGGCAGCGUGCUUGGCGCGGACGAGUCGCCGUCGUUCUACCGCAGCGUGGGAAAUGUCUCCAGCCUCAUGGAGCUCAAGAACAUGGUGUCUGACUUUCGCUAAGCCCUCUUCCACCUUCUCGAAAAGAGCUGGGAAGUCACACCCAGCGCCAGGCAAAGUGCCUCAUCACAACAUCGAAGACAUUUGGAACUUCAAUGGCUAGCUAACUAUGCGUGUGCUUGAGGGGGAAUUGCUUGCCAUGGUCUUGGUGGCACGUCGGUUUUGGUGGUGAUUUGUGAGACUGCCAUGUCAUAGCUCGAUACGCUUGUCCAUCUGCCCUCUCGAGUCGAUGUACAUAACUAGAUGGGGCCGUGAAAAUGAAAAUUAGUAGUAAAAAAAUAUUAUAAAAAAGAUUUUGG